UGCCCUCCCCAGCCCCCGUGACCUGGAUCCCUGGUACUUUCGAGCUUGGGUCCUUACCUACCAUGGCUGAGAACAUGACAGCCUCCUCCAACACGGCCAUGUCCUCGGUGAAUGCCCUCAUCGCCCCACUGGCCAUCAUUUUACUCUCAGUGGCACUGGUCGUGGGGCUGCCUGGCAAUGGAUUCGUGGUGUGGAGCAUCCUGGUAAAAAUGCAGAAGCGCUCAGUCACCGCACUGAUGGUGCUGCACUUGGCUCUGGCCGACCUGGCCGUCCUGCUCACCGCCCCCUUUUUCCUCUCCUUCCUCUCCCGGGGCACCUGGGUCUUUAAACUGUCUGGCUGCCGCCUCUGCUUCUACAUCUGUGGGGUCAGCAUGUACGCCAGUGUCCUGCUCAUCACGGCUAUGAGUCUGGACCGCUCGCUGGCCGUGGCUCGCCCCUUCUUGUCCCAGAAGCUGCGCACCAAGACAAUGGUGAGUCGGGUGCUGGCAGGCAUCUGGGUGGCGUCCAUGAUACUGGCCACGCCCGUCCUGGUGUACCGCCAGGUGAUCGUGGCUGGAGACAACAGGACCCUGAUCUGCAAGGUGUGCUACCCCUCCAAGGGCCACAUGGACUUCCACCUGCUCUUUGAGACCCUCACGGGCUUCCUGCUGCCCUUCAUGGCCGUGGUGGCCAGCUACUCGGACAUUGGGCGCCGGCUGCAGGCCCGGAGCUUCCGCCGCAGCCGCCGCACGGGCCGUCUGGUGGUGCUCAUCAUCCUGGCCUUCGCCGUCUUCUGGCUGCCCUACCACCUAGUGAACCUGGCCGAGGCGGGCCGCUCGCUGGCCGGCCGGAGCCCGCGGGACGGGCCCGUGGGCGCGCAGCUGAUGCUGGCGCGCAAGGUGCUGAUCGCGCUCGCCUUCCUGAGCAGCAGUGUGAACCCUGUGCUGUACUCGUGCGCCGGUGGUGGCCUGCUGCGCUCGGCCGGCGUGGGCUUCAUCGCCAAGAUGCUGGAGGCCACGGGCUCCGAGGCUUACAGCACCCGCCGCGGGGGCACCCUGUGCCAGACCGUGAAGGGCACCGCCACCCCGCAGGAGCCCAACACCACCGACAGCCUAGCCGCCUCCACCAACCCCCUGGAUGAAGGGAACUGA